CCUUAUAUGAUCCCCGUUUAUCAUUAAGAUUACCCUUAUCAAGGAGAUGAAUAACAGCGAUCCGUUGUCGUACAUGUACUUCGGUUAUGCACAACAUUUGUUGAUGGAUUAUAACGUCCCUGUUCCUAUAAUUACUAUAUUAUUAUACAUUACGCAUGCUGUUUUCAAAAAAUUAUCAAAACGCCUCCAUAAUUUAACGUAGCUGUCCUGUUAUCUUUUCAUAAUAUUACACUACGUUGCAAAUCGUUGGUACUAAUCAUUAAUGAGCAAGUACACAUUAAUGGAAUGCAUCAAACGGAUUAUUUAUCGACAUCAAGAAACUCGAUAGAUCUAACAAAUAAAGAUAUAAAAAUGGCUAAAAACAAAUUUAAAAACUUAAUAAACAUACAAACUAGCUAUUCAGUUAUUCGGUUAUAUUAGACGAAUGACAGAAACAUGCAUUAAACAUUACUGGAGACACAGAAUACUGCACUAUCUUGUUUUCCAUAUGCGCGAGUUUAAUGUAUUGAAUUAUCUACCUUUGGGAGCAUAACUGUACUACGUACCUGGCUUACGAAGGAGAAAAAUGUGUCCUUUCUCCUUUCGUACACGAAUAAAAAAUCUACGUGGGAAGUGUUGGUUUCAAGAAGUUUGCAUUCAUCUAUGAAAUAUCAAUUCAUCUGAUAAUGGCACAGCAGAACCCUGAAGAAACUACUGAAACAUCUUCUGAUUUUAUGACAUUUCAAAUGGAAAGUUCUUCAAUAGAAGUGUCAGAAGAAUCAAACAAGGCUGAUGCUCAUAAAUUUUUUGCUGAUCAGGACAAAAUGAAAGAUUUUAUCUCCUGUAGAAAUUGCAAGAAGGAAUUUGACCAUGUAUUUCAUAAACCGUUUCUACUUCCCUGCUUGGAUGCUAUUUGUAAAAGCUGUAUCCAGGAGAUCUCAGAAAGUCAAAGUUAUGAAUGUAGCAAAUGCUCUCACAAUCAUACUUGUUUUCAAAAUGAUCAAAUCUUACUACAAAUUGACAAUACAAGAGAAAUUGCAUCAGAAAUAUUUCGACUGAAAAACGGUGGUUCCAGCCUGAUCUGUGAAAUGUGCACCAAUGACCAAAUGGCGUCACAUCGUUGUUUCGAUUGUUCAGUUUUCAUUUGUGAAGACUGCGUUAGGUUGCAUUUAAGUCUGAAAACACUUAAAUCACAUUCCUUUAUAGAAAUUAAAUGUCUUUUAACCGGAAAAGUACAAAAUUUUGGUUUAUCUUAUGUUUCAAAAUAUUGUCAAGUUCCUGGACAUGAAAAAGAACAGAUCAAAAUGCACUGUUGCGAUCCAUCAUGCAUGAAAAACGUGUGCGUUUUAUGUGCCAUCAGCGCUCACAAAAAUCAUAAUCUAUGUGACAUCACAGAGGUUGGAAAAGAAAUGGAAACUAAAAUGGAAAUUUCCUUGAAAAGUAUCGAACUCAAAGUUGAAAAGGCAAACACAUCUAUAGCUCAUUUAACAGCUAUAAACGAAAAAAGUCUUAAUAAUUCACAACAAGUUCAAGCUGAAAUAAAAGCGUGUUUCUUUGAGGCAAAGAAGGCUUUAGAAAAAAGAGAAAAAGAAUUGUGUGAAGCUGUUGCUUUACAUUUAAAAGAGAAACAAAUGUGUAUUGAAACUGAAAAGGAAAAAAUAUCGUCCUUUAGCAGUUCUUGCGAAGAAGCAAUUUGUUAUGGAAAAGUUUCAUCCGAAGUAAACGACCAUAACCAUUUUGUAGACAUUGCAAACGUUAUUUUACCACAACUUGAAAUCUUAGACAGUCAGUCGUCGGAAAUUGAAGUCACUUUUGAUACAAUGACUUUCUCCUCAAAAUCAUUAGAUUUCUGGUUUGAAACAGCAGUAAACAGUUUAGGCAAACUGUCGGUAUCCAACGCUUAUUCGCCAAAAUCUAAAGUUGUCGUAACUCCCGCAGUUUGCUACGUUGGUCAACAAAUACAAUUUAAAAUUCAAUUAUUUUCUUCUACGGGAAACUUGAUAGUUGAUGAAGAUGUCAGUGUAUGUUUGAAACUCAACGGGGAAUCUUUCGAAUUCAUCAACUGUGCAUUUGAAACAUCUUCUUCCUCUUUUACCGGACUUUGGGUUCCAGAUAAAUCAAUGAAGAUCUCCUGGAUUGUUGUCAGUAAUGAAAUUGAGCUUCAAACUCUGAAAGGAGUCAUUGACAUAAAUCAAACAGAAAAAAGCAGUACAGAUAAAGAGAACAAGGAAGAAACACGUAAAUCUUGGAUGUGGAUAUUUUGAUCGCAAGUCACAAAAUUAACCCCGAUACUCCUUUCCACACCACUGAUACACCUGGUAAUGAAAGGUCUGUACCAAACUCUGAUGAAAUUGAUGCAUAUUGCUCAGCUCUUUUAAUAAGAGAUGAUCCCACAAUCCAUAUUGAAUCUACAAUAUCAUAAACAAUAAACAAUGCAUGUAUACAUGUAGCAGUGCUUGCAAGAUGAAUUGAUAAGUAAGCAAACUGCAGGAAUGGUGGUGUUGUUAAUUAAAGUUGCAAAACAUUCAGAUUAAAUUGACGGUUAAUAUGUAACCAACUCAGGUCUCAGGUAAUGCUUAUAUGCAUCUGAAGACCAUCUCCCCCUUCACUGAAUUUCUUGUUCAGCUAUGCCCAACAUGUACAAGUGUGUAGCAGGUCCUAUUCUAAAAGAGUUUGUUUUAAAUGGGUUUUUUUUAAUACCUAAAAAUGUCAGUGUUUUGUGCAAUAUGCUUGAAAACUGAUAUGAAGACAGGGGAGUGCCGCUUAAAUGGCAAAAUAAAGGGCCAUCAUCCUCAGAUCUGCAUUGCAGAAAAGUCUCCGACAUGUCAAACAUACUUAUGUCUCUAAUGAUUUGUUUAUAUUAAUAAUUAAACCAUUGCCACAUUGAUCUGUUUUAGAAAAAUGGAAGUUUAGUAUGAUAGUUAAUGGUUAAUUGUAGGUCUGACAGAUGUAUAACAUUUUUGUUAUUGUUGUUUGAUGCAGAUGUUAACUCACUAAUGCAGAGAAGACCGAAAAAUGCAACUGAAAAAGCAGAUCCAAAUAAUAAAUGCUCAUACCUAGAUUGUGUCACUGUUGGUAAAACCUGCAAUGUUUUGAGCAAAAGUUGAUAAGUAAUGGGGCUCCAAUGUCUUUCACAGGCUUAGAUUUUCUUAAACCAGCCAACAUUUUUGAACGAUAAAAGUUUUAAAUGGAUUCUCUAGGCCAAGCAUUUGCAAAUUGUGGCUCAAAGCUGACAAAUAAACUUUAUUUGUCGAAUAUGCAAGGUCUUUUGAAGCUAAAAAUGCUAAAAAAUUGACUAUGUGAUCUACCAGGGUGGCCAAAGUGGUGGUAAACAAUACUGUAACCUAAAGACAUGAAAAACAUUAAUGUCUUUGUCAUAAGCAUUCUUUGUGUUGCUUGAGAGACUCGCGUCAAUUAAACGAUUGGCAUGCCCUUCAAAAGGCUCCAAAUUUGAGUAGGUACUGAAUAAGGAGGGAAAUCUGCCCAUGGUGCCAACUGCUUGAAUCUGCGCCACUGCAAUCGAGAAAUUGAAUCUGCAAUCUCGUUUCUAUAACCACUUAUGUGAACUGCCUUAAUCUAAAUGUUGAACUUCAACGACAAUAAGACUAAUUCUCUCAUGAAUGCCAUUACCCUCUUAUUUUUGGAAGUCUUUUGAUUCAAAAUUUCUACCAAGGCUAGAUUGUCAACAUGGAGUCUUAAUUUCUUAUUUUGCAACUUGUUAGACCACAAAUAAAAUCCUAAAACUAUAGAGACAAACUUUAAGAAAGUUAUAUAAUUUCUCAUAUCCAUGUUCCACUCCUCUGGCCAACAUAAAUAAGACCAAGAACUUCCAAAAAUCACCCCACAUCCUACUGACCAUGAACUAUCUGAAAAAAAGUGCAAGUUUUUAUCAGAUUCCCAAUGUAAAUCUGGAAAUUUUGUAGUUCCAUUGAAUUCAUUAAGAAAUUUUAACCACAUCUGAAGAUCACUAUGUAUUUCUCUUGUCAGGCGUACAAAAUGAUAUGGUUUAGAGACACCAGACAUAAGCCCAUAAAUGCUACAUGUAAAUGUCCUACCCGCCGGUAAAUCCCUCGUUGCAAAAGCUAAUGUACCUGCUAAUGACUAAAGCUGUUUCAAUGUUACUUUGGAUUUUCCUUGAAUUUAAAGUAUAGCUUCAACUUUCUCUUUUGGAAUGAAAAUUGAUGUACUAACUGAAUCUAAACCUAAAAAUACAAUAUAAGUUGUUGGACCCUCUGUCUUUUUAUCUGAUAAAGGAAAGCCUAACCUGUAACAAAUUUGUUGAAAACUAUCCAUUAAUAUUGAACAAUUGCCUGUCCCUUGAGCUCCAGCAAACAAAAAGUCAUCUAAAUAAUGAACAAUGGAAUUUAAGUUACUAUGCUGUUCUACUGACCAAUGUAAGAAAGUAGAAAAUUUCUCAAACAAUACAAAUGAUAUGGCACAACCCAUUGGUAAGCAUUUAUCUACAUAGUAUUUGUCAAGAAACUUAAAACCGAGAAGACUAAAAUCCUCUGGUCUUAUUGGCAACAAUCUUAAAGCAUUAGAAAUAUCCAUUUUUCCUAACUGUAUUUGAACCAAGGUUUUGUACCAUGUUAACAGCUUGAUCAAAUGACGAAUAGUUGACACUGCAGAUUUCAGGAUCAAUGAAUUCAUUAAUACUAUUUCCACGAGGAGCAGAUAAAUUGGUAAUCAUCCUAAAGCCACCUUGUUUCUUUGGUAAAACUCCUUUUGGGCUGCAAUGAAAGUUUUUAAAUGGUGGGACAUCAAAUGGGCCAAAAAUGCGACCUAAUUGUAUUUCUUUGUUCAAUUUACCUAACAAUUGGUCUUUAUUUCUGAUGCAGACACCAUAUUUUUACAAGAUACAGGACCCCUAGGACCCAUGUAAUUCAAUGAAAAACCAAAUGUAAACCCACGUAAAAGCUGAUCUGCUACAGUUUUGUUCGGAUAGUUUUGUAACAAAGUGGUUAAUGCAGACACAUUGACUGGGGUGUAACCUAAAUCCCAAAGACUUGGAUCCUUAUUGACGAAAUGGCCUCGGAAAUCUAGUCACAUGAGAAUUGGCAUUGCCUUGUUGACCUACACUGUGGGAAACCUUUUUGGACAUACUAGUAUUAUGGGUGGUUUGAAUAUUGGAACAGGUAAUGCAGGGGUGGUUUUGACCACAUUUAAGACAAUUAUGUGAAAAUCUACAAUCUCUAUUGAGACAGGAACCCUUCAAAUUGAAAUCAUAACAGCGCUUGUGCUGGUGCAAGCUAUAAGCAGGCUUCCAUUCAGGCACGGAUCCCUGACCCAUAUAUAUUAACCACAAUUCUGCAUCAAUGUUUUCCCAAUUAAUCAAAUGGUUCUUUGCCCUUCUCAACCGAAACUGUAUGUCAUAGUCCCUCCACCCCAUUGUUGUGGAGCAUGAUGCCCCUAGUCGUAUUGAACUUAUAUACUUGAUAAUACCCUGGACAUGCUGAGGAAACCUUUUCAGAUAUAAAGCAGCAUAAAUUAAAAAUGCAUCUGUCCAUUCAGAAAUGGAAGCUAUUUUUUUUAUCUUUUGAUAUGUUUGUAAUCUUAAUUUGCCCAUCUUCUAAUACAAGAAGCUGUUGAGUUUCAGCUGCAGAAUCUGAAUACAAUAACUUUGCUAGGUCAAUGUAUUCAUUAUUCCAAAUUUUUUCUUGUGUUGACAAUAAAACAUUAGUACCAAGAUCAGAUGUAAUGCUAACAAGCGGAUUAAUAUGCGUACCGUGUUGAGCCACCAGAGGUGUUGUUACAGUAGACAUACUGGUUCCUUGCGGUUGACUGUGUUGAGGCUCUAACACAGGCAUAGUUGACAUCUGCGCAGGCGGUGAGCUAGACAUUCCACAGGCACUAGGGACACUUCUUAGAACUUGGGGAAUGUUGAGGACACUUGACGUCGUAGCUUGGUCUGUGGCCAGUGCGAGGCCACGUGCUUGGUCUGUGGCCGGCGUGGAUCGUGUUGAUCGUGCAGGUCUCGGACUUUGUUUUAGAUCGCCGAGACGAUCCCGCUCUCAACAUUCAAGUGCUCAUUCUCUUGCAAAUAAACAAGAAAACUGUCAACACUUUAAAUACAAAUAUCUCGAUUUGUAAAGCUAUAACUGAAAAUUUAAUCUGAGUGCACGUCCACAAUUUUUUUUUUGAAAAAUUAGCCAAUAAAAUGAAAAUACAUUGAAGAAAUAUAAAUUGAUGUGUCCUUUUUUCAAUUUCGACGCUUAAAUUUAAUCGGAUUUGUACUUUACCUCAAUGAUGGAAUUUGACUUUCCGCUGCUCAAUUUUCGUGUUCACUCGGCCGAGGAUUGAAAUGAAAAGGCCAAGAGCGCAUGCUUAUGAAUAAAUAAAGUAUCAGUCAUGAUGUACCUAGAAUAGAUGACCCAAGUUCCUCCACACAUUUGAAAAGCGACUCAGCCAUAAUUGUAAAAACUAACAAAAGCGUAACGGAGACGAGGGAGAAAGGUUUAGGCAAACUUAGUCCAAAUGUUGUGAAUUUUGAUAUUCCUAUGAGUCUUGGGGAAUAUCAAGCUGUUUUGUUUUUUGGAAGGAAAAAUAGCUGGUUCAGAGAUUUAUCAAAACAAAUAUCGUACAUCAAUGGAAAUUUUGUAUGUAGUCUUCCUGACUUGUCUGUAAAUGAUUUAAAAAUGAUAAAAAAUAAAAUAACCGAACUUUUGUCAUGUAUAAAAAACAUGACCUCAGACUCUAUUAAGAUGGAAGAUAAGGACAUC